AAACAUUGGUUCAAAAUUCGAAAAUCGAAAACCGAUCGACAUUCGAAAACUAUCGACGAUUAAUUAGUUACAAUCUCAAUAAAAAAAAUUGAUUAACUAAAAUAAUUUGUUUAUUUCGUCUUAACUGAAUAUUUUGUUUAUUGUUAUGUACACAAGAAUAAUUUUGUAAUACUUAUAUAAAUGGCGAAAAGUGCAACUUUGGAAGUAUAUGAUAGUUGUUGUCGAACAUGUUUACGUAAAAAAUCUGAUGUUAUGAUAAAUAUGCUCAAUUUGGAUAAUUCAAUUAAUAUUGUGAAUUUAUUGAACUCUUGUACAACUUUAAAUAUCAAAGAAGACGAUGCCUUACCAAAAAAUAUAUGUGAACAAUGUUACAAUUGCCUUAUCUCAUUUAACGAGUUCAGAAAGUUAGCAGUAAAUGUUGACAUACAGCUAAAAGACAUUUACAAAAAUGAAAUAACAACCAACCAUGAAGAGUACACACAAAAUAAUAUUAAAAUUAAAAGUGAAGAAUUUGUGGAGACUGAGUUAACAAUAACAUUUAAAACAGAGCCAAAACAAGAAGACGAUGAUAGGUUUAGUGACACUUUAAGUGAAACAAAUGUUAAUGAAUGUGAGUUCUGUAAGAAGAAGUUCAAAAAUGAAUCAAAAUUAAAACAGCAUAGAUUGUAUCAUUAUAAAAAACUCAACAAGCUAGAUAAAACAAAAGCCAACAAUGAAAACCUUAAUGACUUGCUUGCCAAUAAAUCUAAAGAAGAUGAAAAAUUUACUUGCGAAUUAUGUUCCAUAACAUUCAAGUCCAUAAAUUCUCUAUCUGCCCACAAAAGAAAACACAUACAAAAGGAUAGAGUUCUCUCUUGUUCGGUCUGUAGCAAAGUGUUCAAGAAACUCAGUCAUUUGAAACGUCACGAACUCACGCAUGUUUCAAAACACCCUUACAAAUGUUCUAUAUGUUCUAAGACAUUUGCUUUAGAGAAUAGGUUCUUGGAACAUAUGAAUCACCAUAAAGGGAUAAAGGCACAUGUAUGUUUGUUAUGUCAGAAGGCCUUUGCCCAUUUGUCAACGCUUAAAGCUCAUAUGGGUAUACAUACAAAUAAGCGGCCAUAUCUUUGCCCCACUUGUGGGAAAAGCUUUCAUUCGAGUACGAAUUUAAAUCAGCAUGUAAAGAGACAUGCUGGGUUGAAGUCAUUUCCUUGUACUAUGUGUCCUAAACAGUUUGUUAGUAAAGGAGAGUUAAAGUCGCACAUGAGAACACAUACAGGGGAGCCAGCGUGUGCCUGCGAUCAGUGUGGAGUUACGUUUACAAGUCGCAGUUCUCUGACAAAGCACAGAUUGAGACAUUUGGGUAUCAAACCACACAAAUGUGAUGUUUGUCCUAUGAAGUUCACAAGCAAAGAACACCUCACACGUCAUUACCGUAUACACACGGGCGAGAAACCGUACCUAUGUGAUAUUUGUAAUAAGGCAUACUCACAGAGCAACGAUCUUGAGAAACAUAAACGAAUGCACCUUGGAGAGAAGUUGUAUAAGUGCUCACAAUGUUCAGAAAGUUUUCGGCUGAAGACAGAACUACGGCAUCAUAUACCCCAACAUUAUAUUUCACCACAGUUUAAAAUAAUCGAAACUGUACCUAAAGAUAUCAAUUCUGAUGCACAAAAUGAUACUAAAAAGGAUUUGGAAAUCAUUCAAGGCUGGCGUCCACUAGGCGAAUCGGGCCGGGCCGCAUCGCAACGCAAAAAUACGCCAGCCUAUGUUUUGUAUGAAACAUCGUCCAUUAGCGACGGAUCGGGUCGGGGCGGGCCGCAACGCAUUGGCGGAUAUCGCUUCGCAGACGGAUUUCUGCCGGCGCGCGGUGCGCUGCGGCCCGCCCCGACCCGUCUAGUGGACGCAGGCAGGCGGAUAAUGGCGAAAAGUGCAACUUUGGAAGUAUAUGAUAGUUGUUGUCGAACAUGUUUAUGUAAAAAAUCUGAUGUUAUGAUAAAUAUGCUCAAUUUAGAUAAUUCAAUUAAUAUUGUGAAUUUAUUGAACUCUUGUACAACUUUAAAUAUCAAAGAAGACGAUGCCUUACCAAAAAAUAUAUGUGAACAAUGUUACAAUUGCCUUAUCUCAUUUAACGAGUUCAGAAAGUUAGCAGUAAAUGUUGACAUACAGCUAAAAGACAUUUACAAAAAUGAAAUAACAACCAACCAUGAAGAGUGUAUACAAAAUGAUAUUGAAAUUAAAAUUGAAGAAGAAUUUGUGGACACUAAGUUGAACAUAAAAUUUAAAACAGAACCAAAACAAGAAGACGAUGAUAGAUUUAGUGACACUUUAAGCAAAACAGAUGUUAAUGAAUGUGAGUUCUGUAAGAAGAAGUUCAAAAAUGAAUCGAAAUUAAAACAGCACAGAUUGUAUCAUUAUAAAAAACUUAACAAGCUAGAUAAAACAAAAGCUAACAAUGAAAACCUGAAUGACUUGCUUGCCAAUAAAUCUAAAGAAGAUGAAAAAUUUACUUGCGAAUUAUGUUCCGUAACAUUCAAGUCCAUAAAUUCUCUAUCUGCCCACAAAAGAAAACACAUACAAAAGGAUAGAGUACUAUCUUGUUCGGUUUGUAGCAAAGUGUUCAAGAAACUCAGUCCUUUGAAACAACACGAACUUUCGCAUGUUUCAAAGCAUCCUUACAAAUGUUCUAUAUGUUCUAAGACAUUUGCUUUAGAGAAUAGGUUCUUGGAACAUAUGAAUCACCAUAAAGGGAUAAAGGCACAUGUAUGUUUGUUAUGUCAGAAGGCCUUUGCCCAUUUGGCAACGCUUAAGGCUCAUAUGGGUAUACAUACAAAUAAGUCAUAUCUUUGCCCCACUUGUGGGAAAAGCUUUCAUUCGAGUACGAAUUUAAAUCAGCAUGUAAAGAGGCACGCUGGGUUGAAGUCAUUUCCUUGUACUAUGUGUCCUAAACAGUUUGCUAGUAAAGGAGAGUUAAAGUCGCACAUAAGAACACAUACAGGGGAGCCAGUAUGUGCCUGCGAUCAGUGUGGAGUUACGUUUACAAGUCGCAGUUCUUUGACAAAGCACAGAUUGAGACAUUUGGGUAUCAAACCAUACAAAUGUGAUGUUUGUCCUAUGAAGUUCACAAGCAAACAACAGCUCACGCGCCAUUACCGUAUACACACGGGCGAGAAACCGUACCAAUGUGAUAUUUGUAAUAAGGCAUACUCACAGAGCAACGAUCUUGAGAAACAUAAACGAAAGCACCUUGGAGAGAAGUUGUAUAAGUGCUCACAAUGUUCAGAGAGUUUUCGACUGAAGACGGAACUACGGCAUCAUAUACCCCAACAUUAUAUUUCACCACAGUUUAAAAUAAUCGAAACUGUACCUAAAGAUAUCAAUUCUGAUGCACAAAAUGAUAGUACUAAAAAGGAUUUGGAAACUUAAUGAACCUAUAUAUUGAAGAUUUUUAACGGAAAUAAAACAUGUUUUGUGAAUUAAUAUCUGCUUAUCUUGGCAGUUUUGCAAGUUUUCACAAUAUUUUCUGUUGUAACAAUUUUGCAAAUACAGUCGGAAAUAUCC